UCAUUAAUACUGAAUCACUGGUGCCUCCUGGGCCUCUCCCUGGUCACCUAACUGACGCUGUGGAAGCCCCAACAGCCCACGGGGUCCGGAGCCCAUCGCCAGGCCCCUCCAGAGACUCGGUGAAGCCUGGAGAAGCAGCUGCUCCGGCCAAGGCCUCCCGAGCCAGCGCCACCAGGGGGACGGUCAGUGCAGCCCCCUUGGCCUCCGGGCCCCCUCCCCGGGGCACCUGCUCCCGGGCAGCCACCCUGGGCACAGCCAGCAGCAAGGGGCACCCAGGGGGGCCUCCCUUCUGCUGUUCAAGGAAGGAGAUGCUUCUCGUCGGUCAGAAAUAACUCCCAGCCAGCCCUGCCGGGCUCUUGCGGACAGGGACAGCGUGGCGGGGGCAGCUCCAGCCUGGGCUGGGGCCUCGGGCAGCAGAGGGAGCCCACCCGCAAGGUGGGGGUGCGGAAAGCGACAGUGCCUCACCCUCGACUCUGCAGUCUCCUUCGACAAGUUCUUUUCUAGUUCAUUUUUGGAAAUUCGAUCCCCAUCCCCUGGAGACAGCUCCGGCUCUCACUUGGCCUUGGACAGCCUCGCUGCCGUGGGAAUGCCCUGCGGACGGGUCAUCGUCUGGGAUCCAGUCUUCUCCGGUCAGGGAGCAGCUUCUGGGGGACAGAUGACCUCUGAACUCUGAAGGAGGGGGGCCAUGCAGGUGUCGUUCGCCUGCUCCGAGCACAGCCUCAAGGCCCGGGGCCCCGAGGAGCGGCUGGGCCGGCCCACAGCCAGCAGCCCCAGCCCGGGCACCCGCGGCCGCUUCUGCACCGUGGCCGUGGUGGCCCGCAGCCUGGGGCAGCUGUCCGCACAGAGCCCCCCGGGCACCGGUGACGCCAGCGGGAAGGAGCCCGGGAUGAAGCACAGGAACCUGGGAAAGUCUGGCCUGCGGGUGUCCUGCCUGGGGCUCGGAACAUGGGUGACCUUCGGCGCCCAGAUCACCGAUGAGAUGGCGGAGCAGCUGAUGGCCUUGGCCUAUGACAACGGCAUCAACCUCUUCGACACGGCCGAAGUCUACGCUGCGGGCAAGGCUGAAGUGGUGUUGGGGAACAUUAUUAAGAAGAAGGGAUGGAGACGGUCCAGCCUUGUCAUCACGACCAAAAUCUUCUGGGGCGGAAAAGCGGAGACGGAGAGAGGCCUUUCCAGGAAGCACAUAAUAGAAGGUCUGAAAGCCUCCCUGGAGCGGCUGCAGCUGGAGUACGUGGACGUGGUGUUUGCCAACCGCCCAGACCCCAACACACCCAUGGAAGAGACUGUGCGCGCCAUGACCCACGUCAUCAACCAGGGAAUGGCCAUGUACUGGGGCACAUCGCGCUGGAGCUCCAUGGAGAUCAUGGAGGCCUACUCGGUGGCCCGGCAGUUCAACCUGAUCCCGCCCAUCUGCGAGCAGGCCGAGUACCACCUGUUCCAGCGCGAGAAGGUGGAGGCGCAGCUGCCCGAGCUCUUCCACAAGAUAGGAGUGGGCGCCAUGACCUGGUCCCCUCUGGCCUGCGGCAUCGUUUCCGGAAAGUACGACAGUGGCGUCCCGCCCUACUCGAGGGCCUCCUUGAAGGGCUACCAGUGGCUGAAGGACAAGAUCCUGAGCGAGGAGGGCCGGCGCCAGCAGGCCAAGCUGAAGGAGCUGCAGGCCAUCGCCGAGCGCCUGGGCUGCACCCUCCCCCAGCUGGCCAUAGCCUGGUGCCUGAGGAACGAAGGGGUGAGCUCCGUGCUCCUGGGGGCCUCCAGCGUGGACCAGCUGAUGGAGAACAUCGGAGCAAUACAGGUCCUUCCCAAACUGUCGUCUUCCAUCAUCCACGAGAUCGAUAGCAUUUUGGGCAAUAAACCCUACAGCAAAAAGGACUACCGAUCCUAAGGAGCCCCCGGCCUCGCUCGGACACUCCGUGCUCCCCCCCAGCCUCUGUCCACUCGCUUAAGCUGUUUUGAAGCAACGUGAAAAGUGUGGUUUGCUGUAGAGAGGAAACGGCCCGCCGAGACGGCGCCGGGAAGCCAUCUCACGCGUCACUGCCUCAACGGGACGUGGGUUCUGUGCAGGGGAGGGGGCUGUGGUCGGAGGGUGCUCGUGCAGCCCCCGCCCCGGCGUCACCCCUGCUCACCCCCUGAGAAGGACUCACCGAGUCCGCUGCCCCCACGGCCCCUCGCCGAGACCCCCGCCUGGCGCGGGGCGGCCGAGAGGAGACCGGUGAGCAGACGACAGCCCGGCCCACCUGGGGGCCGCCUCGUCCCCCUCCUGGGUCCCCAGGUGCCCCCUGCCGGGCCAGCCCCCGUGGCGUCUGCACCCCACACCCACACUGCGACUCGGCCGCGGCUACCCCUGCGUGCCGUCCCCCAACCCCCAGCCCUUGCUGGCAGGGGCAGUGAUCCCAGGGGGCUGGUUCCUCACAGAAAGGCUGGGGUCUGAUUGCAGCCCCCCGACCACCAGCCUGCUUCCCUCACUCAAGCCAUGGGUCCAGCUGGGCCAGGGGUCCCGGGAGCACCUGGGGUGGGCCGUGGAGCAGGCUGCAGUCAGCGCCCUCCCUGCCAGUUGCCCACCCGGGGCCUCCCUGCAGCGGCCAUGCGUUUCUUGGCAGGACGGUGCCCACUGGUGGGGGUGGGGGCAGCAGGCAGGGCCCAUAUGCCCUGGGAGCCCACUUCUCUCAGCCCAUGAAGACCUGCCUCUUUGCCCAAGCUUUGCCCUGCGGCAGUGGGCUUGGGGUCUGCAGAGAGAAGUUGCUUCCACCCUGAAAGGGAGGGUUCCUGGGGGUUCCGGGCUGCACGCCUAGUGCCGAGGAAACCUGGGUACCUGGCAGCUGCCUGGCAAAGUCCGAGACACCCCAGGGAGCCGCUGCCUGGGGACAGCCCACCCGUGGGUCAUCCCCCAGAGCAGCUAGGAGUGGGCUGCCAGGCCCGGAGCUUGGCACCGACCCCCACCACCCACAGGCACCCCCCACACCGCCCAUGGGCACCCCGGGAAGAGGGCUGGCGGCUCCCCUCCGUGCCUCCCGCAGCGCCCCCCCCCGGCCUGGAGUAGAGUGUGGAGAGGAACCUGGAGGCAGGCAGAGCCGUCAGCCCCUUUGCAGCCCCAGCCUCGGGCUGGGGGCACAGAGACUGAGGCUCAGGGUGGGGGGCCGCAGCCUGGAGCCCAGCCCCGUGGUCCUGAGCAGAACAGUGCCAGGGUGGAGGGCAGGGAGCCAGGCCCAGGGACAUGCGGGCCCUCACCUCCCACUCCCACUUCUGCCCACUGUGCCGAGCCCCUGGAGUCGAGAACUUUCCCUGCUCCUCAGCCCCUCCCCUAGGCCCCUGCAGCCUCACGGGAGCAGCCCCUGGUGUGGGGAGGGGGCUGCACAUCCAGCCAAGGCCCCCGCCCCGGGCCCUGCCCCAGCCCCGUGGCCGAGCGUCAGGCGGGGACCCAGGGCCGUGGUUCCGAGGGGCCAGGUCCCCCACCCCACAGGCAGCUGAGGGAGAGGCUGGGCCCCCCCCACACCUCUGCCCUCCACCCGGGCCUGCCCACUGUUGAAAGAGGGAUGGGGGUGGGGUUGGGGGACCGAGUCCCUGCCAGUGCCCGUUUGCAGAAGGAGACGAGGGCCCCCAGGGGCAAGUCACCAAGGCCCACACAGCCUCCGCUGGGUCACCCUUCAUGGCCUGGGUUCCCGCGUGUCCCCUUUCUUCCUCUUCUCAGGGUGACCGUGGAGGGGAUGCUAGCGGGCAGGGGCAGGCCCGGAGGGGUGGCCUGGGCACCGGGCGAGGGUUUGGGGCCAGCCUGCUCCCUCCCGGGCCCCCAGGGCCUCCCCACACCUGGUUGAGUGGAGAGCCAGGAGGGGAGCCCCCGCCACCCCCAAGCAGCCAGCUCCUUGCCUCCCCCAAAGCUCGGCCACCCUGGCCGGGGUCCACACGGCGAGCACUCGACAUGGGAACUGGGCCUAGUUGGGAGGGGGGGGGCGGUCUUCCUGGUUAGGGACACACGAGCCCCACGAUUUCUUCUCCAGAUGCCGUCUGUGAAACCCGAGGUCUCUGUGAGUGACGGGGGCUCACCCCGCCUCCUGUCCAAGUUGUGUAAAUAACGUGCUUUUUCCUUCCCCUGUUUUUUUAACAACUGGCUCCUAAGCCCCUGCAUCCCACCAGGCAGGGCCCGCUGCACGCCCCGCACUUCUCAGUGAGACCCCGACCGAGACGUGGCUGCUCUAUUUAUGGAUGACAAAAUAAAGCCCCUGCCCACCCA